AAUUUGAGCGAUGCCAAUAUGCUUUCGGUAGUUUUAUUGACGCUCUUCCUCGCUCAGUCUGCUGCCCAGCAGCAGGUCAGCAGAGAUACCGAAUUUAAAGAAAUAAUUGGUGUUGAUAAGAAUGGAGAAACGCACACGUACAAUGGUCUGAUAACCAAACAUUGGGUCAGAACCCAACGGGAUGAAAUAAAGAUUAGCAAGGCAGAUGUGAAUCCAGAAGAUGGGGCGAUUUACGCCGUGGAACUGGGGUCGGCUGUAGUUUACAAGAAAAGUAGCCUCAGUCAGCCGUUCACAUACGUCGACUGCUGCGCGACGGCUUUCACCUUUGUUGAUUCCCCAAUCGAAGGACUGCCGACAAAUAUCAAACUGCUUGUGGUAGAUGGGCUCAGUUUAUUCGCCCUGCGCUACUUUAACGACCAGCCCCUAAUCAGUUUUGAAAUCAACGUGAAUAUCGUGGACAUUGCCUCUGUUAAUGGAGUGGUGGCUGCUGUCAGUGACAGUGGGCGACUCUAUGAGCUAAGCUUGGCCAAAGGAUUCGUUCAUUUCAAGGAUAUCACCAACACCUUCUCUCCUAAGUUUGCUAAGAUGAAGUCUAUCAGCGCGUGGAGAAGCAAAGGAAAGUUCCUGGCCACAAGUGAUAAGGAUGAUGUAUGGAUGAGUCCUGUCAACCUCAGGAACUGGGAGAACUUCGGAAAUGGCAGAUCCUGCUGCGCAAUUUCUGUGUUCGAGGUUCCCAACAUUGAGAGUUUUGCUGAGCAAUCGUUCCCCUACUGCACACAAGUGAACCUGCAGGGAGUAACUCUGACUGGUAACGGAAAUUGCAAGGUUCAAAAACAAGCUUUGGGAGUAAAGCAGUACGAGGUCAUCGAUCUAGAAUCACCCUGCGUCGACGUUAUGGACUCUGAUGCAAUUUACCCCACCGCUCAAGACCUGAUGAGUGACUACAAAAUCGUCAUCAAGGCUACCUACGAAUACCCUGCUUCCAAGAUUGGAGUUGCUUUCAACUACCAGGAUGCCAAUCGAUUCGACUACAUCUAUAUUGAUCCAGCAAACCGAAAAGAGUGUUGGGGAAUGGGAUACAUGACGGCGUUUGGUCCAGUUGAUCGAGCUAACUUGAACACUGGAUGUCCUGGUGGACCGCCUUUAUCGGGGGUUCCCUUCACCCUGGAGAUCCAAACGAUUGAGAGACAAGUGAUCGCCAAAUUGGACGGCUACACUAUUUUCUCCCGAUAUCCUAACUACGAGAAUAUGGCGGCUGGAGGUCUCAUCAUCUGGUCUCAAUUUAAUAACGCUGCUCCAGUUUUGUCGCAAGGUAUCGGAGUAUGCUACGUUCCCGAUGAAAAUGCAGAGGCAGAACCACUAGCGGAGUCCCGACAGCUGGUUACUUCUGACUACGAUGAGGACGUUGUCUCCAGAGACUUCAUGGUCUUCACCAAUGACUACAGCACUGAAAAUGGAGCUGAUGUCACCGAAAGUACUUUGAAACAACGGAGUACUACCUCUGUCACCACUUCCGCUCCAGUCUUCACUGAGCCACCAGAGGAUCAGGGAAACAACUUCGAGAAUGAAGUGGAUCAGGACCCAGCCGAAUCUGCUGACGGUUCAAUUGUUCUGAUUAGUGACGGAAUCAGACACGACUACUACUUGUAUAAGGAGGCAAAAGGGUUCACCUCUGCUAACAGAGCGUGUGAAAAGUUGGGCAUGACUCUGUUGCUGAUUGAAGACGAGGUUCAGAACGCAAGGAUUGCAAUGCUCCUACUCCAGGAGGAAGUUGACCGGGUCUGGCUGGGAAAGUUCUGGCUGGAGGAUUGGGUAAUCACCCUUCACGACGGAACUAGAUUAGAUUUCAGGAACUUUGAAGAUGAUCCCGGACGAACAAGUGCCCCGAUAUUCGCUACAAUCAGAGCUGAUGGCUUCUGGGACGCAGUAAACGGCCGGGACAGAUAUUUCUUCGUGUGUCAACGAUCAGUGGACGUUGAGAUUGAUCGGGACAGUAAUGAAGUAGAUAUUAGAAAGUUAGAUAUAAAAGACGAUGAUGGGGAUAUCCGAGGGUCCAUUGAAGAAUCCUACGAUCAUCCACCCACGAUUGUUAAGGGACCAGUCAACGUGACUGCUCAAGUCGGAGACACAGUUACCUUCAAAUGUACUGCAUCAUCCAAGCCUCCUUCCACAGUCAUCAUUGUCAAAAUUGAUGACGAAAACCAGGAAUUGCCUUCAAUCGGAGAUGCAACCCAACUGAAUGAUGAAUCACAGCGAGUAACAACAAUCAUUGAGCUUGAAUCCGUGACACGUGAUGAUGCUGGAAAGUACAGCUGUAUCGCCCAGAACGAGCUAGGAGAAGCCAGUGCCCCUGCUUGGCUUAUCAUUGAAGAUUUGGACUCCUUGGCACUAGAAAGACCUACCUGUAUGUUCUGGGGUGACCCUCAUAUUACCACGUACGAUGACAGGAUGUACAACUUCCCCGGAGUCUGCACAUAUAUCCUCUCUAUGGACUGUACUUCCAGCAACUUCUGGAUCUACGGUUUGAUGAAGGAAUGUGGAGGAGGAAACAACGCAGGACCAAGCCUCAGCGCUCUGGAUUCUGUUACUAUCUACGCACGAGUAUCCGACGGGAACCAGACUGGAGUAGAGCUGCAAAGAGGAUGGGUUGUGAACAUCGGUGGAGCUAAGUUGCGUAUCAGCGAGGGAAUGUCUGCUAGACACGGAAAUCUCAUCAUCAGAAGAACUUCUGAGCACGUCUUCGUCACCCUGCCCAAUAUGAUAACCGUACAAUGGGAUGGCCUACAGAUGGCUGUCAUCAGACUACCAGCUGAGUUCGGUCAUGACAGGACCUGUGGUCUGUGCGGCAGAUACAACAACGAUCCUUCAGAUGAUUUCUAUAUGAGAUACGGACACACCGAUCAAACUUCAAAUGCUAACGUCUUCGGAAACUCAUGGGCCUUCCCAACUCAUUUCCGACCUUGUGAGAUGGUUCCAGAUGAGGAGAUCAAUCCAUGCCACGAGCAUCCAGACCGGGACUCCCCGGGAGCCAUCCUGUGUCAUGAGCACUUAUACACCGUGCCCUUCACCCAGUGCCAUAACAAUGUGGAUCCUCAGCCUUACUAUGACAACUGCAGACGUGACUUCUGCGGCUCUGAAUGGAGGAGGGACCAGAACCUACCUCUGUGUAACGCUCUCUCAGCCUACGCUACAGCUUGUGAGAUCGGUGGCCGACCCAUAUCAUCUUGGAGGAGCGAAGAUCUUUGCCCUAUUGAUGAGAUAAAAGAGAUCACAAAGGAGGAGGGGUGUCCUUGGGAUGAGCUCGAAUUCGAUUUCGAGGAUGGAGAUGGGGAGAGGGAUGUUAUCGACAGUAAUUAGGCAUGAUGGGAUUCUGUCUAAAUUAAGAGUUUUCGCACGAAGAACCAAUUGAUAUAGACUGGUAGCGAUCGAUUAGAUAUUCGGGGAAGUUAAAAUUACGAUUUUUAACAGAGCGGGCAAAAUAUUGACUAAGAAGGCGACCUUCACAUAAAUCAUCAAGUUAAUGAUCGAGCUGAUAAUGAUAAAUAAUAUUGUUUAGAUAUUUUCCUACGCGCUUAUAUUAUUAGUCAUGAUAUAUUGAUUUGGUUGAACCAAAAUCUCCUAUUAUUGACUUGUUGACAAAACUACAAAUCAAUCUUGAAACUGAUCGAAACCGGGGUGAUUCCAAUUGAUAAAAUUCUACAUGAUUUAUUCAACUGCUACGUAAUUAAAUUUCAUAUAUAUUAUUAUCUAACUUAACAAAAUGAAAUCUUAUUUUAAGAUGCAGAAUGACUUAUUUAUGAACUUAACAUUAAAAUAGGGCAGCUUGAAUUUUCUACUGUUAAAGAUUUGGUUCUCAUUUCUUAUGUAUGCUUCUCAUAUCAACUCUUUGUACAUUUUGUUUUUACUUUAUUCACAUUUUAUCAUAAACAAUGAUAA